CCCUGAUUUUGCAUCAACAGUGACAUCCUUCGCAUGUUCUGGAGUAAGGCCGCCUCUGGGGGGUGUCUCCUUGAUGCGCUGCCUAGUCCACCGGUGUUGUCCGAGAGGCAGCUGGGCAUUGCAGCUUGGUACUCUUGAGCGCUCGACUAUUUAAGAUAUUCCACGACUGUGAGUAGUGUUUUUCCGAGGUGUGCCAUGGAUUAGAGAACUCAGUUUUACCAUGCGACACCCCUGAAUGGAGUAGAAGGCCCCUUUGUUGGAGUCGCCGGUGGUUCGGCUCUAGUCACUGGGGACGCGCUUCUGCAUUGACCAACGGGAAAGCCGAGACGGCACCGCGGCUCCACACCACAAUGGUGUCCUUUUCUCUUUUUCAUCAGACCCACGAUGGGAGGGGAUUCUGUAUGCAGUGACCGUGACCAGGAAUGGCGAUUCUCCUCUAGGCAGGAAUUUUUUUGCUCCAUUGCCUCUCGCGCUCUGCGGCCCGCUUCGGGUCCGGGGGCGCCUCUCCGCGGCUCCGCUUCUUUCGCGCGCUAUCGCUGGAAACUGCAGACGAUUCUCUUUUCACUUGUGUGCAUCUCAGUGGAGGUCAACGCGAGACUGCUGAUGGAAAUGUUUCCGCGACAGCGCGGUUGCCGGCAGGGUUUAGCCUGCUCCGUUCCGCAAGCGUACUGGUCGAUCAAUGCCUUGCUUUCCGCGAACAAGAUGCACGGCCGCACGUCCAAGAGUUUUUUACAGAAGGUCGCGAAACGCGACAGCAGCUGCGGAGGGUGGGCCACUCUUGGGCAACAUCAGCUGCUGGACUUCUUUUCGGCAGCUGCAAGGGACGCAGCAGGCCAGUUGCGUGGCUGUCGCGCCAGCUUGCCCUUUCUUGCCUCUUCUCGACGCGUCGCUUUUGUUGUCCAUCCGGACCGACGCCUCGCACGUCCGACCAUUCAGUUGCCUCACGCGAUUUCAGACAGGCAGACUCAUUUCCCUUCAAACGCAUCCCGCCUGUCCGGCCGCUUCUUCCACACGCAGAAGCGUCCGGAAGCGCCGACGCGCGACAACCUGCUGGGACCGAAGCCGAGUCGAAGAGCGGAAGAAAACUGCUCCGUUCUGCGUUCCUCUGCAGAAAGCUGCCCGCCUCCCUCGGUGGCAGUACACCCGACGUUCUUGGCAAGGCUGCCGCUUCUUUCCCGUCCCGCUUCCCGGCGGCUGCUCUCUUUUCUUUCCUUCGACCAUCCGUCGAUGGUUCCUGACUCGCUGCAUAUGCCGCCUCUCCUCGUCUUCGUACGAGAACAAAAACGACUUCGGCCCGACAAAGUUCUGAUUAUUCAGGUUGGAGACUUCUUCGAGGCAUACGGCCUCGAUGCUGUUUUGCUGGUGGAGUACUGCGGGCUGAAUCCGAUGGGUGGGAAGGCAAAGGCGGGGUGCCCCAAACAAAACCUGCAGCAAACGCUCGAUUGUUUAACGAGUGAAGGCUUCUCCGUGUCCGUUUUUGAGGAGUUCGCGUCUCCUGUGGCGGCGACUCCAAUCGCACCUGGAAAUCGAAAGCUUCGCCUCCUUACGCAAAUUGUCUCUCCUUCUUCACCCCUGUAUCUCCCAGCCCACAUGCCUCUUUAUGAGGGCGAGAUCGGAGCGCACACUCCAGACUCAGAGCCGAUUUUUUCGCUGUACUACUCCCCGAGUGCAGGUUACGCUUGCGGAGAAAUCGAUGUUCCACAGAGAACUUUGAGAGUGGAGGGCGGCUUGACUGCCGACGGCGUUGAAAUGCGAAUUACGUCGGCCACAGGCGGCGCACCUCGAGGCGAGCUGUAUGUACACCAGAUGUCGGCGCUCGGCGUGCGAGACGACGGGACCACUCGGCUGGCCAAGCGACUCUUUCCCUCUCUCCAGAAAAUAUACUUGCGGGACUACAGUUCGCCGUCGGCCUUCCACCGCGCCGUGCUGCGGCACCUGACCGCCUCUCUGCAAGUGCCUCAUUCUGAGUUCACCAUUCGCUCGCACUUGGACUAUUUCUCUCCCUCUGUGGCGGUUCCGGAACCCGCUGCGAGUCCCGCAGAUCCCUGCCUGCUGUCCCCAUCCGAGCUGGGGGCCUCUCAAGCUCCCCCUGCCCGAAACGGAUCCUUGUCUUUUCCAGAGAACCGCGCGCCCUUUCCACCAGAGCCUCAACUGUCAACUGCCGCCCUGUCCGCAGAGGAUGCUCGAAGGCAGGCUGAAACUCUAGAGCGCGGACUCGCUGAAGACGGACGCGCGAGAACUGACGCAGCUCUCCGCUCUGCAUCAGAGGAGUCGCCUGCAGAACCGCCACGACAGAACAGCGGAGAAGUCGUUUCGCCGCACAGCCAGCAAGUUCCGCCACUCCUCGCGAGGCCACAGAAGCACCGACCGCAUCCGUUGUAUGUGUCCACGGCAUCGCAGCUGGGCCUUCUCAGACCUUCAGGCAGACAAGGAAACACCGUCGCUUCCACUUCGUCCUUCGUCGUCCCUCCUCUUCACCUCGCCGCCCUCCCUCCUGGCGCUCCCGUCACUUCCACGCGAUUCAUUCAAAGGCUGCUCCUCUUCCCGCCUCCGCAUGCGGUCGCCGACGCAGUGCAGAACAUUCUUCGGCAGCUGCUGCGUCUCGGGUGUACAGACAGCCGACUGUCUUCCACCUUCAUGAAGCACUUUCCGGGAAGUUCAUCGCCUUCUGCUGAACGCUCACAGGCUCCGACAGGGAAGGAAGAAGGCGACGGCGUUUGUGUCGGUUGUCAAUCGCCCCCAAGAGCGACCGACUUCUCUGCAAAGAAUCGGUCUUCCGAAAGAGGACUGGCACAGAGCGGACAAGCGGCCGCCCUAGACAGCAGCGCAGAGAAUUUGGCGACGCAUGCAGAGAACAGCGAUGUGCUUCUCGUACCCUCAGUCCGAGUCAUGGACGCCGGGAAGCUGGUGCAAGUAAUUUCGUCACGCUCGGCCAAUCGAAGAUUCUUUCUAGAAGUUCUGACUCUCCUCGCACCUACGCGCUACUGCCUCCGUCGGUACCCUCCUUCUCUGCUCAAGCCCCUCCUCACCGUUCUCCAACAUGAGACGCAGCAGCAGGUCUGUCAGGAGCGAUUCCUGCAAGGCGUCGAGAAGGCCAUUGCUCUGAUUGAACAGGUCCUUCUCCUGGAAGAAGAGGAACAAGAAGCAGCAGCGGAGGGAGCAGCGCUGGCGGCGAUCGCUGCAGCUGAACAGAUGAGUCGCUUGGCGGCAUCUGAGGUGCAGGGAAGGCCCUUUGAGAAUCUCUCUCCCCACUCGCAGUCUGCGCAGUCGGGAGAGAACUCAACGUUCGGAGGAGAUUCUCGAGACAUCUACAGCGCCGCAGAUGCAGCAGCAGCGGCUGCGCGUGCAGUGGCGGAAGCUGCAGCAGCUCGCGAGGCGGCUGAGGAGGCCGCUGCUCGGGCGAUGGCGACCGUCGCAGGGGGUCACGCGACGAGCAGCAGCACUCGAGGUUUGUUGCCAAUUCUCGACGAUUAUUUCAAGCGGAUGGAGCGUUUUCGUGGGCAUAUCCAGCCAUUCUGCGUUCCCUACGCGCAUGCACUUGUGGCGGCUGCGGUGGACGACCUUUUGGUGUCGAUUUUCGAGGACUUUGCGGGCGCAGCCAGGAUGCCGGCUCUCCCGGCUGUCUGUACACUCGAGGAGUUUCUCCCUUCUCGCUCUCGCGCGCCUGGGGGGGAGAAGACGCCGCUGACAGCACGAGACGUCGUCGACCUUUUCAUCGCUCUGGAGCGCAGGCAAACCCCAGGGAAGGGAUCCGCGGCGCCCUCAGCUCGUCUCGCCUGGCUGCUGGAAAAGCAGACACCGGUGCGCCUGAAGAUUCCUCCCGCAGCUCUCUUUUCGAGCAUCGCGGCUCUCCAGCGCCAGCGGCUGGCUGCGGCAAAGUCGGGCGACUUCGGGAGACCAGCUGGCGAGUGGCUUCGCCUCAUUGCAGCGCUCCAGAAAAAACUCUGGGGCGACACGCUGAAUGAGUCGGUGUAUUUGAAGAAGGGUAAACCCCCGUUGGAACCGGUGAAGGCCAUCAGUCGAAACGGGAGAGAAAAGAACGCGAAAAGUUCUGCUGCUCUGACCCCCGAAUUUGAGUGUGGAGUCGCGGAGGCGCAGGCGGCGAACGCCGUGACACACGGAGUCGAGAGGAGUUCUUGCCGCGAGGCCUUCGAGGCACUGGGCGAGACUCCAGGGGAAGCGCUUGUGUCCAGAGAGGAGGGGAUGGGCAGCGGGCUGCGUGUGACCGAGAGAGCCACCGACUUGCAUGCAGGAGAAUUCGGGACAAACGAAAGAGAGGCCAACGAGCAAAGAAGUGCUGUGGCUACCACUCCACACUGGAGCAAGACGCCUGAACACCCUAGGGACAGACACGGUCACCAGAUUGCCUCCGCAUGGACAACGCCUCGAGUAGCAGCCUGUUCACGAGCGUACACUGCGGCGAAGAAUUUCGCAGCUUCUGCAGUUGAGAAGAGACUGAGGGAACUCAGCAGAGAUCUUCAGCCGUUGCUGCCCGACAUUUUGCUGGCGGCCCACCUCAUCAUCAUUCUCCAGAGUCUGAGCCACCAUUCGACUUUCGCGGCAACUAAUGGGUGGCAUUUACCCCAGCUCCUGGACCCAAAUGCUGAAGCAGAACUCAAGGUCGAUACUUUGACUCCAUACUACAUGCGUAGACCCGAUCUGAACACCCUUCGCCGCCAGCGUGCGGUCCAGAGAGACCGUGCCGCGUUACUGGACAGAGAAGAUCGCGGAAGCGACACAAACCGAAUAGCGGAAUCGAGAAGGACCGGGACAAAAAACGAAGAACUUCCAACUGACGAUGAGUUUGCCAACGCAAACAGGACACAGAGUCGGGACCCCCUCUCAGAGCAGGUGCAGAAGGACACGGCUUCGCUCCUGGCGCAUGCAUCAAGCUCGCUGUCGAAGGAGCGGGAGGUUGUGAGCUACUCCUUCGAUAUGCACGGGUUGUUUGUUUUAACGGGGGAGAACAUGGCCGGUAAAAGCACCUUCUGUCGGUCUGUUCUCGCACUCGUCGUCCUCGCAAACGCAGGUUUAUUUUGCCCCUGUGGGCCAGCCACGACGGUACCUCGGUACGGGGCGUUCCUCGCGUCGUCGUACAUGGCUCACGACUCGCCCUUGGAGAACAAAUCCUUUUUCUAUGAAGAAUUGUCUCAGCUCCACAACAUCCUCUCUCAGGCACGGAGCUACGGUAAAGUCCUACCUGAGAAAACAGCGGCUCUUCCCGCCUCCUUGCUCUCAAGCGACACCUCAGAUGCCGGUGUUUCUCUCCGGACGGAAACUGCAGACGUUGCAUUAACUACCCCGUUUGUCAUUGUUGAUGAACCUUGCAAAGGCACAGCGCCUAAAUGGGGAGCAGGGUUUGUUGGUGCGGCCUUGGAGCUGCUUUGCCGCGGGAACACCCACGGCGUAUUGUCAACCCAUCUUCAUCACGAACUGAGCCGCCUCCCUCUCGACCUUCAGCCGAACGUCCGGUUCAAGCGCAUGGGCGUCCGCAAGAGAAACCCCACCUCUCUCGUGCUUCCUGAAAGCUGCUCCGGACCAGCAUCACUCACCGGAGGACGGGAUUUACCGCGGUUCAAAAGUUCACAGCCCUUGAGUUCCCCCCUCGACUCUGACAAAAGAACGCACUUCGCGGCAGGGUCUCUCGGUGAUGAUAGGUUAUACACGUUCGAACUCCUAGACGGCAUUUGCCAAGAUAGCAACGCCAUGCAGACUGCGUGGAAAGUGGGCAUGCCUUCAGGAAUCAUCACGAGAGCAAAUGCACUGCAAGCACACUUAGAUGCGGUAGAUCAGGGGAAAAUCCCUUGUAAGAUCGGCGGCGUUUCUCGGGGGGCUGUUAUCAAAGACGGGGAUGGCGCUAACACGGGAAUCUCUUCCGAAACGAGCGAUGAAAUUGUAAGCAGCGGAACGAUUGCGGAAAAACGAUUUCCAGAAAUGCACGAAACCCCAAAACAGCCUCCAGACGAACUACCGCGUCACAGAAACGAAAACGGCCAGGAACCUCAAGGUACGACAGCGGAUGUCUCGGAGACUGUACAGCUACACACGUUUCACCAACCCAAUCCCGAGAAUGCAGGUUCGCCAAACGGAGAACCGACACCGUGUGGCGGUAUCGGUUUGUUCGCCGAGCCACAAGGAAUCGUAGAUUUUCCGAAUCGAAGCGCCUCUGUGAUGAGUGCUUUUGCGUCUUCCGCAAUGGCCUCUAACGCUCUCCUUGCACGCCUGCGGUUGGCGAUGAUCGAAACCACCCGAGAACUGACUUGCGCGAACGCGCCUGCCGAAUGUGUUCGGAACCAAGCAGAGUCACGAAACAACGCACUUCACUCGGUCGAUACGAAUGCCGAAAGACCUCCGUUAAAGAUAGCUUCCGCAAAAGAUGUUCUUCCAGUGCUCGAGCUACCGGCCCUGUCGAGACGCUUAGCAGCUCCGCCGCCUUGGCAAGAUUGCUCUGCUUGUGUUUAUAUGCUUGUGGCUCCGUGUACUGCGGCACGAAAUGCACAUCGGCGUGCAUAUCUCGCGAGUGAAGUGCCUAUGCGCCGGCCGCCGGACUUCCCAGCUCAGGAAGCGACGCGCUCUCGAGCAAGUGCGGACGAACCGGCAGGGUUCUGUGCCAAUGUUUAUGUGGGUGAAACAGAACGCCUUGAGACGCGUUUGCGAACUCACAGCCGUUCGCCGCUGUGGGCUCAUGCCCGCGUGUUGGUUGUGAGAGUGAAAAACAAGGCAGAAGCGCGAGAGGUUGAGACCGCCCUGAUUAGAAGACUCAAGGAAGAAAAGGGCGUCGUCCUCAUGUCACUAAAGGACGGGAACCGUCGCGCAUCGGGACUGAGUGUCAGGGAGGAUGUUUCAACUUCCGAGUCACAGGAUGGGAGAGACUGAUCAAGCGUAUAGUGCUGCCCCCAGGGGGUAACGCGAAAUUCAGUCUGGUUUAGCAAAGCAUUUCGAGAGGAACUGAGCAACUCAAGCCCGCUGGGAUUUUGUGGAUUGUCAAGAUCUUUUUUUCAUGCACUUUCGGCAACCGCGGGGUGCGGACGUUGUCAAUACAUCACACGCGCGUGUUUUGCGCUCGGCGUAUCCGCAGUCGCUGACUACGGAAGACGCAGUUUGUGUCCACAACACUCUCGUUGCCAGUUCCAAAACGAUGCGCCGUCCCUGUGUUUAGUGUCAAGCGCAUUUCACGAGCUACAACCCGGUGGACUCUGCCUCCUUACCGCGCGCAGUGGAGCCUCAUCG